CAAAUCAUUUGCGAUACCGUAAAGGACUGGACGUCUGCCGCGUCUAAUGGACAGCAAUCGUACGCCAAAAUCCGCAACAAACUGACCAACGAGUCGAUCGUGACGGACACGUGCGGUCUGUCCACCGUUAAGGACCCGGCGGUGGCCGACAAGAUAGUGGGCGGCAACGAAGCGUCCAGAGGGCAGUUCCCCUAUCAGGUGCUGCUCAGAAUGCGCCGACGGGACAAUAGGGUAAUGAUAUGCGGCGGUUCAAUACUGAACGAGCGAUGGAUACUGACGGCCGCCCACUGCGUGACCAACGAGCGGACGGGCGACCCCUAUGUGGUGGCCGUAGAGGUGACUGCGGGCGCCGUCCGUAAGACAGACAACGGGUCAGACGUGCAGCGCGUGUCCGCCGAUUGUGUCGUCGCCAACGAGAAGUGGAUCGGACUGAAAGGCGGUUUCGCCAACGACUUGGCGCUCGUACGGCUGCCCACCGGUACAACCAGUAGCACCAGUACCGCCACCACUACCACAACCCCUACCGCCAACACCAACCUGACAGCCACGCCACUGACGCUAACCCAUAGGUCGGGCGGUAUAGUGAAUGGCGUGUGUCUACCGCUGCGGGGCCGGAGUGGUCGGCCGUACGAGUACGUGGGCAAAGCGCGCAUCUCGGGCUGGGGCGUGACCGAGCGUGGUAAAUCGUCGCCCAUGUUAAAGUUCACCGACGUGGGCCUGAUCGGCGACGACCGGUGCCGGGCGGCCAAUCACCUGCCCUUCCCUAUCGUGGAGUCCAUGCUAUGUCAGGGCGCCGACCGGACGUCGCCCUGUUUUGGCGACUCCGGUGGGCCGCUGGUGGUGAGGGUGAGGGGCAGGUAUACCCAGAUAGGUGUGGUGAGCACUGGGCCCUCCCAGUGCGCUAACCCUAACGAUCCCAAUGGGGUUUAUACACAGGUCUCGCACUUUUUGAAUUGGAUUGAAAACACUGUUUCGCGUAAUUCUCACGACAAGUGUUUCGGUUUCCGAUUGAAACAGUUUUGA